AUGCUAGUUUUAAAAUAUUUAAUCAGCUGAGUUCAGAGUGAGAAAUUCAAGCAGUCUUUCGUAUAAUCCCCAGCGCGACGGUAUUCGCGGAUAAGCUAACGGGCUUGCACAAAAUAACUGAACAAAUUUAAGAAUGAAAACUAUAAAAGCAGUGCUGCUAUCAUUGUCAUGCAUGGGCAUAGCUAGAGCAGAUAUACCUGGAUGUGAUUACUUCGAUACAGUUGACUUGUCCACGAGCACAAAGUUUCCAAAUGGCUCCUACUUGUUUGAACAUAUGCUCAUCCCUUCAGAGCUAACUGCAGAAUAUGACUACGAGAUUCUUUCGGAUGGGGAUACAAGUUCAGUACCAAACCAUGUGAGAGGUUGUGCCUGCAGGCUGCGAAGCUGUGUGCGAUUCUGUUGCCAUAGAAACCUCAGGCUUGUGGAUGGCGAACGCAAAUGCAGUGGAGAUAUUAAGGCAGCGACUGACUUUGAUCCGUUUAUUAAUGUAACCCAAGCUGAUGGCCAAAUGGUGAGAAAGCAUGUGCUGGAUGAGUUUGUUGUGCAGGAAAGUUUGCCAGUGCCUUGCUCAGCGCAUUUCUAUCUAGAUAAUCUGAAUAAUAAAGAUAAUGACUGGACUUUAUUUGAGAAUGGAUCCCUACUACGACACAUUGACAAUCGCAUGUUGUCCAAGCAGGAUUACUGUCUACAGCCGCAUACGAUAGAAACACCCAGUGAGGAGAUGCAAGUUAUGCUAGUGCCACACAAUUGCAUGCAACAACCGAAAGGCCUAUGGGGCAAAACAAUAUUGUGUUGCUUUACAUUGAUUGGACUGGUUUUAACCUCCGUCGUAUAUCUGUCUCUACCAAAACUACGAAACCUGCAUGGUUAUUGUCUGACAUGCUAUUUAUUUUGUCUGCUAGUCGCUUAUUCUGCAGUGCUCUUGGAUAUGUGGAAGAUGAUGGAAAAUAAUUGCAAGCUCAAUGGUUAUGUGGGAUACUUUGCAGUAAUGUCGGGAUUUCUUUGGCUGACAGUCGUUAGCUUUGACUUGUGGAACAGUUUCUGUGAUAGAAGCUUCAACGUUCAUACACUAGGAUUUAAGUUUAGAAUCUAUAGCAUCUAUGCUUGGGGCAUCGCAUCGCUGUUUACUAUAAUUGUCGUCAUCAUGGAUAAUGUUUUGGAUAAAAAUAAUGAGCAACACUUGCAGUACUUACCUGGAUCAGGACUUUAUAGUUGUUGGAUAAAAACUGAGGAUUGGUCUGCAAUGAUAUAUUUCUAUGGACCCAUGUCACUACAAAUCAUUUUUAAUGUAACGAUGUUUAUUUUGACGGCAGUACGAAUUGUGGGAGUAAGGAAGGAGAUACGAAGCUUUGCACUGCGUCAGGAGCGUCAACAAAAACUCAACUCUGAUAAACAGACUUAUGGCUUGUUUGUGCGCCUCUUUGUUGUCAUGGGUGUUACGUGGACCUUUGAGAUAUUCUCAUAUUUAUCUCAAAACUAUGGAGUUCUGUCCAAAAUAUUUAAUUUCUUCGAUUAUAUAAAUUUUUCCCAAGGAAUUAUUAUAUUCGUUAUGUUUGUACUCAAGCGCAGUGUCUUGAAACUAAUCUCAGAUCGAAUUCGUCAAAGGAAAAUUAAUAAGCAAGAUCCGUGGUCGAAGACGGUAUAUACAUCGGCUAGUAGUCGUUAUAGCAGCCGUAAAGAUAUAAAGUCAUUGCGAGUGGUGAAUAAUAAGUAUUUAUCCAAUGCUAACGAGACUCAUUCUGAUUGCUCUGCCAAUUCCGAGCUUUGAACCGAAUAUGUACGAACCGAACCGAAUAUGCAUUAAUAUUGCGGCUUAAGCUCGAAUUAGCAGCAAUAAAAUAAAAUUAAUUUAUAUUGCUGUUGAUUGGAGCAACAAAGCGCAACUGCGAUUUAAGAGAAAUGCCAUAUAAUAUUUAUUAUUCCACGAAUUUAUAACUUAAACAAAUUACUAUUUGUAUUUAUCUAUUUAAGCUGAUUAAAAACUGCAGAAUAAAACAAAACACGU